UGAACAUAUUACGACAGCAACAUCGUCCAAGACGCAGCACCUGGCAACGAUGGCCGGGCUCCAUGAACGGACAAGCGCGAUCCUGAGGCUGGACCAGCUCAUGCACCACGAUCAGUGGGUGCCGGACCACGAGCGGCACCGCUGCUAUGCCUGCUCCAAAAAUUUUGCAACGUUCACGCGGCGCAAACACCACUGCCGGACGUGCGGCGAAGUUGUGUGCAGUUCGUGCCUGGUAAAGAGGUCGGCCGAGAUUCCUGUGAAGGGCCUCACCGACGUCAAGAUCUGCCAUCCAUGCGCCGUUCUGCAGACAACAGACCAGGGACUACCAAUUCGCACCCCUACAAGCGGUCUUGCGAUACCUUCCACCCUCCGGCACACGUACACUGCCUCCGAAGACGACGGACUCUCCUCUCGCAGCCUCUUCCCCAACCUGCUGAUUCGCCAACAGUCUUCAAUAUCCGACUGCGACGACUCACGGCGGCGGCGAGGCCGGUCUUCGGGCUGCGUGCGAUCACGCAGCGAACACGAAUCGUGGAACUAUCCGUGGCCGCCUGCGCCAAUGCCCGUGCAUGAGGGAGAGCGCAUUGAAGCACUUCGAAACUACCAUAUCUUGGACACACGCCCCGAACCAGUGUUUGACACAUUCUGUGCUGCUGCUGCAACGGCGUUUGAGUGCCCGAUCGCGGCCAUCGGGUUCAUCGACGCAGAACGACACUGGUUCAAGUCGUCUGUGGGGUUGCGUCAGCAUGAGUUUCCCCGCGUCGUCACGUUUUGCGCCCACGUGCUGACCGCAACCCGCCGGUACGACGACGCUCUUGUGGUGCUCGACACUACCGUCGACCGCCGGUUCGCGCACAACCCACUAGUUUCCGGCCCCGCCGCCAUCCGAUUCUAUGCGAGCGCGCCAAUCUGGUCCACAGACGGCCAUGCUCUCGGCACAGUCUUCGUUAUGGACUCGACCCCGCGAGCGUACUGCGACCCGACAACUCUACAAGGAAUUGCCGCCAGCGUCGGUCAAGCUCUGUUGGCGCGACUUGUGCAGAGCCAAGUCCCCUCCCCAAGGAGGCUUUUUCACGCGCUGUCCGAGCUGCCACAUCAAGUCCCUUCCCAUCGAUGCGUCCUGCAUCGUCGCCCGUCGGUUGGACUUGAUACGGCGAGUUCUGAGACGGACGCAGUGUCACCUCUACCGGUUCAAGAUACAGCGGACGACCAUCGACCCCAGCUGCAUGUUUCUACUUCAUGGCGACACCCGUGGCCGCCGCCACCGCGACCGGCCGAUGAAGACUCUCGGUUACAAGUGUUGUACGACCAUCGGAUCCUGCAUUCGCAUGGCCAUCGGUCCGACGCAUGGUUUGAUGCGAUCUGUGGUGCCGCUGCCGAGACGUAUCAUUGUCCGAUGGCUGGGAUUGGAUUCAUGGACUGGAACGAACAGUGGCUCAAGGCGACUGUCGGUCUGCUACAGGACGAAAUCCCACGAAAUGUUUCAAUUUGCGCCCAUGCGGUGACUCGGACGCCUGACACCACCCUUGUGGUGCUUGACACGCUCGGCGACCCUCGCUUUGCAAAAAAUCCACUUGUCACGGGCCCCGCUGCCAUCCGAUUUUACGCAAGCGCGCCUAUCUGCUCUGACGAAGGAUACGUCCUUGGGACGGUGUUUGUCAUGGACAGAACACCACGGCAGAAUUGCAACGACGCCAUGCUGCGUACGAUGGCCGAUGAGGUCACGCGCCACCUUGCCACACAACGUCCGACGCCUCCGUCUUCGUCACAAGUUGUUGAGUCGAAUUCAAAACCCAUCUCGGACGUAUGUGAAAUGCCACCAUCGGCCGUGCACGACGGUGUCGUGGAAGGCGACGAUGACAUGGACAAAAGUAUCGCCCGUGAGUCUCAGAUGGAAUCGAUGCUGGUGGACCUACUGCGCCGCACCAUGCACACCCAGCACCAGCUAUCCGCCCAGCAUCGCCGUGUCAGUGCCACCAGCGCCUAGAUGAGUUGCUUGCGCUGCAUGUCUGGCCAUCUGCCAUCGCCGCCGCUCCUUUGUCUAUUUAACUCGGUGCAUGUUGCUGCACUUUAACACGUCUCAACUGUCCAUAA